AUGAUGGUACUAGCUCCACCAACCGAAAACCUUACCCGAAUAAAUGAUGAGCUGAGCAAGUUACUCGUGGAAAUGGCAGACAGAUUUUCGAAAGAUGUUAAUUCAUUAAAAUCCGAGCUGGAGUCAGUAAAGGCUGCACAACGUCCUGAUCCUUGCAAUCUUCGAGUUGCACGCGAAUUAGACAAAGGUUGUUUUGAAAUCGUCUGGGAUUUGCCAAUGGUUAAAUGUUAUAAGGUGCUCACAAAUGGUGUUGAAAGUGGUGUUGUGCGAGCACCGAAUAAUGCUGCUCGGAUUUCGGAUGUCGAACCUGGAGUGGAAAUUAAUGUACAGUUGCAAGCCGUUCAUCUUGACGGGAGUGUUGGCGAGCCUUCGAAACCACUCACAAUACGAACAACUCCGCGGUGA